AUCAAUAUUUCAAUGUUUUGAUGCUCAGGUAGUUCCAUCAGUAAAACCCAAGCACCGGUCUCUAUGUACCCAGGGUUACAACUUGCACACGUGUACGGCUUUGUUCCAAGUCCAUCCCGAGUGUAAGGCUUGACUCGGAAACCCUACGAACUUCAAGUCCUUUUCUUGCGCCAGCUAUGCGUAAGGAAUAUUCUGCAUCGUAUUCUCCUGUCGACGAUCGUGAUGAUACGAGACUCCUUGAUAGCAAUACAGAAACAAGGCCUCUUUCAAAAUUCCGCCUUCUCAACUUGUCGCCAUGGCUAAGCCAUGGUGUGCUGAUGUUCAUAACAAUGAUGUUCUUCGUGCUAUGGGUACGGGCGCCUUCGAUUGAUGACGUAGUUCUGUACUCUCCAGUAAAUGAGGCCAUUGAAUCCAUCGGUAUUAUACGACUCAAUGGAACUCUGGGCACCCCUUCUAUAUAUCGUGGCACACCAUCUCCAGAACUCGACGCUGUUUGGGAUAAGAUAGCCCUUGAUGCGCGCCCAAUCGGUAUGACACUUGAGCAACUGCUCAGAACGGGGGAGAAACCUUCUCCUUCCAUGACUAGGUAUCCGGAUGAAUAUGGUGGAGAUUAUAUGGCAACUGUAGAAGUCAUUCACCAGCUCCAUUGCAUAGACAUGCUUCGCAGAGUCAGUUGGGGUGACCAUUCCUCGGGUCAUGGCGUCCACGAAUCCUCCGGAGACUUCCGCAUUCAUCUCGACCACUGCAUCGAAAUGCUCAGGCAGAACAUUAUGUGUCAUGCUGACGUGACAAUGCUCACUUACGACUGGGUGGAGGGAGUCAAAGAUCCGUUCCCUAACUUUAGAAUCCCUCACCGAUGCAGAAACUUCGAGAAGGUCUUGGAUUGGGUUGAUGAUCAUCGUGUUGAUGUCCCUAAAUCCAAGAUAGUCCGCUUGGAGGGUAACGUGGACCUGCCUUCCCCUCCCUGAUUGCAGUCCCGAUGUCUUCUC